AUGACCUUUUUCACUCGCAUGAAUGAUACCUUUCACGAGCGUAUGGAUAAAAUUCGCAAAUUUGCAUUUAGAACAAAUACGAAAAAAGUUGCUGAUAGACAUAUACUUACAUCAAGAUGUCUUAACACUUUGAUAACAGAUUUUGAAUAUGUUAAAGAUGACCUUGGUGAUACCUCUGAUGAUACGAAAAUAAUAGAACGUCACCCAAAAAAGCAUCGCGCAAGAUAUACUCAUUAUCAUAAUUAUGGAGAUCUUAUACCUCUAACAAAAAAACUUUGUAUUUUCGAUUUUAGGGAAACUAAAGAAGACGACUUCUUACCCGCUAACAUAGAUUUAAUUUUCAAAUUUAGUACUUAA